CCGAGCAGGAGCGACAGCGCGACCGCACCGAGCACUCGGCGCGUUAUUCAACGAACGGCGGACGAGUAACACGGGAGUCAUGGUGACCGUGACGACUUCUGGCAUCGUGCACGUGCGGAUAACGAACGCAUCCACCGCCCAUCAGGUUCGCGGCAAGAGGAUGAGGGCGAUGCGGUGCAACGCGUCGGCUCGCGGGGAGGGCGAGGAGCCUCGCGGGUUCGCGUUCAAGUCUGCGGCGGUGGCCACGGCGGCGGCUCUGGCGCUGACCGUCGGUUCCCCCGUCGCCAUCGCGGCUGUCCCCAAGGGGCAAGGGGUGAAGAGCACCGACGAGCUCGGUCGAACCGACGUGGACAGAUGUUCGCUGGAGGCGCUCGGGAAAGGUGCCUCCACGCGCGCGGCGUUCUCCGACUUCGCCACCGAGCAGAACAAGGAGCUGUACGUCAACGUGGAGGGGUGCGACUACAGCAACAUGGACCUCAGCAACGAGGUCCUGUCCGGCAUAAAGGCGAGGGGUGCCAACUUCGCCAACUCCGUCUUUCCCAAGGAGGCGUCGAGGGCGGACUUCUCGGACGCCAACCUGUCGGGCGCGGUGAUACGAAGCGCCAACCUGUACACCACCAUCUUCGCGGGCGCCAACCUGGAGAACGCCGACUUCUCCGGGUCCCUCGCGUCGGGGGCGUACUUCGGGAAGGAUCCGCAGACGGGUAACCAGGCGAACCUCAAGGGCGUGAACUUUGAGGGCACGCUCUUCGCGGUUACCGACGUCAAGACCAUCUGCCUCAACCGCACGUUGGAGUUCGAGGCGCAGGCGGAGCUCGGAUGCUGAUGGAUGCGAGACGCGUGUAGCACUAGUGCUGUUGUUGUUGUCGUGCUAUUGUUGUUGUUCU